ACUAGAUAAAAUAAACACUGAUUGAAAAAAUAGCAGAAAAACGACAUUUCUAAUGUGCUGACGCUCAAAAUGUGAAUUUCGAUACAAGCUACAGAAGAAAAAUCUCCCGGAGGCCAGCGGGUGCUUUACAAGCUUGCAGGGCCGCGGAGGACUCUGCGCCCUGCUUGAGCAGAACAGUUUCCCUACACAAAUUGGAGAGGCAUGCAAACUGCGCAGUGACGUGUAAUAUAUAAAACAUGGCCUCUGUCUCUUUAAGAUGAGGCUGUGAUGUGUGCAAGGUUCAAGUUGGGGUCACUCGAAGUUCCUGCCCUCGGUUUUACCUUUUAGUUUUAAUAUAGACUGACAUCACAUGGGGCGCUAAAAACACCGCAUAGAGAGCGCUUUAUCUCCGUGCGCGUUAUUGCUGCGAUACAAAAAUAGCCGAGGAAAUUACUAAAAUAAAAAAAUAAUAAUAAAGGGAACUGAUGCUAGACUCAGCACGUAUUUUUCAGGAGGGGGCGAGAAAGAGAGAGAGCGAGAGAGAGAGAGAGGGGAGAGGGAAGGGAGAGAGAGAGUAAAAGAAACCCAUAGCAAUUAAUAAUAAAACGAGUUGGCGAGAGACUGAGAAACGCUGGCAUGGAUUGUUGGGAGGCUGGCAGUUCGAAGUUGAUACGUCAGAAAUGACUCCAGAACACUUCUGAGAUGAUCAUUCAGCCAGACCUAAAGCGGAUGGCAGAAGACGCUGGGCAUCCAGGUGGAGGGCUGAAGACAAUGCUGGAUGCUAUGGAGGUCCCGAGUCAUGCUAGACACCUGCUCCUACAACUCAACAACCAGCGGACUAAAGGCUUCCUGUGCGAUGUCAUCAUCGUGGUGCAGAACGCCCUCUUCCGGGCUCACAAGAAUAUCCUGGCCGCCAGCAGCAUCUACCUGAAGUCCCUGGUGGUCCACGACAACCUCAUCAACCUGGACCAUGAGAUGGUGAGCCCCGGGAUAUUCCGCAUCAUCCUGGAUUACAUCUACACCGGCCGGCUGAACGAGGGGGACCAGGCCACCGAGCAGAACCUGGGGGCGGUGCUGGCAGCGGCCAGCUACCUGCAGCUCCUGGACCUGGUGGCUCUGUGCAAGAAGAAGCAGAAGCGCAAUGGAAAGUAUGGACACCUCCGCACCUUCUCCCUGUACGGGAAAAUGACACGGGGGGGCGGCGGGGUUCGGACCUCCACCCCCGUCAUCCAGUCCUGCUUCUCCGGGGCAGGGGACCCACCAAGGAACCCCCUUAAAAUGCCUCCUGUCGAAGCCAUGCUCCCUCACCCCUUGACCACUCACACAGGGGAGCUUUACGCCCCCUCCCCUCAGGGCAAUCACGUCUACCAGCACCAGCAAGGGAUCCGGCUCUCCGAGAGGGACUGCUCGCCGAUAUACGGCCUGGACUUGACCAAAAAGAGCCCAAGCUCUCAGUCCCAGCCCUCUUCCCAUCACCACCUCCCCCACCACCAUCACCACCACCAUCACAACCACCAAGACGGUGGCCACGAGAACAGGGUCGACCCCCAGCAGUUAGGCUCCGGCCGCGAGAGCCCUCUCCCAACUCUGCUUGACACCAACGGCGGCCACUAUACCAGCAAAGAGCAGAGCCAGCACUUCCACAACGGCAUGGAGACAGACGACAACCCUUUGUCUCAGCUAGGCCACCCCCACCCCUCCUCCUCCCUGACCCCCCAGCCGCACCCCCACAAUCAGGAACCCUUAGGGAGCACCCCCAGUCCUGGAUCUGACCCUCACGGACUGCCUGAGCCAGGGCAGGAAGCUCCUGAGAGAGGGGGUGGGGUUUACCGCUGGAUGAAGCAUGAGCAGCUUUCGGGGUACCCCGAGGAUGAGGAGGACUGUGAGCGAGAGAAGGACCCCCAAAACGCAAUAGGGGGAUCUGAGGACAAGAAAUCCGAGGGCUCACUCCCUUCCCAGCAUGCCCCGGUAGGGGGCCGCUACCCGGCCUCCCUGGGGUGCGACGCAGAGGACGACAAGAGCGGGACGAGUGAGGAGACAGGCAGCAGCGACGGACCCUCCCCCCCGGGGAAUGCGGACCGCUUCCACCUGGCCUAUGAGCCGGAAUCCUUCGGGGACAACCUGUACGUGUGCAUCCCCUGCGGUAAGGGCUUCCCCAGCUCGGAGCAGCUCAACGCCCACGUGGAGGCCCACACUGAGGAGGAGCUGUACAGCAAGGACUCGGGCGGGGAGCUGGGGGGUGUUGGCGCCAGCAACAGCCUGGCAGGCGGCUACCUGGACAAACCCAGCCCGGGCCUGCCGGGGGAGAUGAUCCGCCCGUACCGCUGCGCCAGCUGCGAGAAGUCCUACAAGGACCCGGCCACGCUGCGGCAGCACGAGAAGACGCACUGGCUCACCCGGCCCUACCCGUGCAGCAUCUGCGGCAAGAAGUUUACGCAACGAGGCACCAUGACGCGCCACAUGCGCAGCCACCUGGGCCUCAAGCCCUUUGCCUGCGACUCCUGCGGCAUGCGCUUCACGCGGCAGUACCGCCUCACGGAGCACAUGCGCAUCCACUCCGGAGAGAAGCCCUACGAGUGCCAGGUCUGCGGAGGCAAAUUCGCCCAGCAGAGGAACCUCAUCAGCCACAUGAAGAUGCACAGCGCUGGGGGAGGAGGCGUGGGGCUCGAUGGCAAGACCAAGACGGAGUUCAUGGAAGGCAUCUACCCGCUCAGCAAGUACGUUGACCCCCUGGGGCUGAAGCAGGAGAGGGCCUCGGAAAUCCUGGUCCACGCCUCCCAGCACCUGCUCAACGACUCUAAAGCCAUGGAGAGUCUCUACCCGCUCAGCAAGUUCGCAGUCUCCCACCUGGGCCUCGGCCACGAAAAGCCCUCGGAGGUCCUGAGCCAGACCUCCCAUCUCUCCGGAGGGGAGCUGCGGGCGAUCGACAGGUUCACACCGAGUUAAAAAACCAAAACCAGCAGCUCCGCAAUCAAAGACAGCUGGUGAGCGCUUUAUAACCCGAAGCCAAAGCUGAAUCUUAAUAAGAUUUAAAACAACUUUUACCUUCCCUAGUGCCUUCGCGGCUCACUGUGCUAUUUAUGUUUUAGAAGGAUGACGAACCCACAGAGCAGUAUUUUGUAUCUCGACUGUUCACGAGCUAACGAGCCAAAAAAAAAAAAACUGAAGCCAAAACAAAAAGACAUUGCAGUCUCCUUAAACCUGUGUAUUCAAUAUCUUAACUAUAUACUGUAUAUAUAUACAUAUAUCAAAGACAAAACCGAAAAGCACAUCGCCUCUCCUCAAGGCUCUCGAGAACUUGCACUCUCUGCUUAUUUGGAAGAAAAGGUCAGUGAUGCUGAUGAAAAGCCUUCAGGAUUAUAGAGUCAGUGAAAGAAGCUGGGAUUGUUCAUUUAUUUUAUUUUUUUUAAUCUCAUUAAUGACAAUGCAAUUACAUGUGAACCAACACCCAGAUACCUACCAAACCCUUGAACCCCUGUGCAGUAAUCAGCUGACACGCCUCACUUGCUCACGUCACUCGUGCAUUCAUGCAAACUUGAUGCUGGUUUGGGGUUAACUGUCACAAACAGUGGUGCGCAUUACUUUCACCUGCUUCCGAUGCAUUUUGAGUGCAGUUAGUAAUGUGUAAUUGCAGUGUCAGUAAUGACAUUUUAAACAGUGUUAACUACAUUUUAAUGAGGUCCUGGAUUCCUUACUCCCCUGAGCUGCAGAGAAUCACUGACCAGACCCGAUCUCCCCCAAAGUUGUUCCAAAGUUUAACGAAGCAGAGGCUUCAGACAGACGAUUCUAAACUUUUCGCAGUAACGAAAAGUAAAAUAACUGAUCAAAUCUAGCGUAGAGUACACAGCACUGUCUAGAAAUAAACCCUUUGGAGCAGGAAGAGCUCCUUCAAAACGAAAUCUCCUUUUUUUUCCUGCCCCUACAAGGAUACUUGUUUUGAGUUAUUUUAGUUCCAUAUCAAAACAAACCAAAUGCAAAACAAACUAGAACAAUUAUAACCAGGGUGAUUGGAAAGUAAGUUUACCGCAUCAAAGCACCACGUCAUUGAUUGUUAAACUUACUUUCUGGCCACCCUGUUUAUGUGUGUUGUUUGUGUUUGCUUCUGCUGGCACAUGUCUGGCUCCAGUUGUUAAGCGCUGUGUUACUGUGAGAGCCGUGCAGUAUUCUGCACAUGCGGGCCCCGUGUCGAGGAUUUAAAGAACUCAUUGGACCUUUCUCUCUGAAUCCCAAGGGCUGGGGGAGGGGAUCACUCUCUUCACUCGUUCCACGUGUUUGACAAGGCUGAGCUCCAGCUCUCCAGCUGGCCAUACAACGCGUCUUCAAUCAGGAGCGCCUGUUCACGGUCCUCGAUUCUGCAUUAGCCUGGGUGGAAGGGGUUAUGCAGCCUUUCUGGGUCCCGGCACCCAAGAAAAAAAGUUAUUGUGUUAUUUAAUAAGUUAGAUACCCUUGAUUCACAUGUACAGAGCAGGGACUGGGAGGUGGUGUCUGUGCUAAAGGGAAUCCAGCAACCUCAGUAGCAUAUCGAUGUUUGCUUUUUAAUUUAAUGAUAAUAAUGAAACAUAUAUAGUUUGCAAAAUUGCAAAAGAAAAACAAAAAAGUGAAACUGAUUAAUACCUCAGGACUGAAGACUUCAUUUUUUAUUUUUUUCUUUCUAAAAUGGGAUCCAAAGCUAAUAAUAAUAAUAAUUAAAAAUAAGGGAAUCAAGCCAAAGUCUUAAGGGCAGGACCGAGUGGAGCGGAGGGAGGACGAUGUGGGCUUCACCCCCCCCCCCCCAUUUUGAGGUCUCCUGUACCCCAUUCUCGUGUGGAGCAGCUGUCCUGAUAACCUGUGUUCAGCUCACAGAUGCUUUAAAAACUAGAGAAACCCCUCCUUUCAUGACUUUUCUUGAAAUGUGCUUUGAAGCUACAGAUUGUUUUGUUUGUUGUUGGUUUUAUUCUAUUAAGGCAAAGUCAGCUUCAUCGAGAUUAAAUGUUCAUUGGUGAGUUUGUGCCUACAAUAAGUGUUCACAGAAAGUGUGCAGUAUUGUAUUUAGAUAGCAGCUUUCAGCUGUUUAAAUGUUAACAUUUUUAACAAGUCACGUUUUCUCACAUGCUUUUAACUUUUAAAAAACGUGAACGACCAAAACUGAAAACGGUUCUUUAUCUAGCAGGGACGUUGUGUAUGACACUAAUAGCCAAUGCCAGGACAGCUCAGGGUUCGAUAUGCGCGGACAGCGGUUUCCAUGGCUGAGGGGGAAGGGGUGAGAGAUGGACGAGAACACACGGGUAGAGACAGAGGUAGAUACAUGUGGUAUAAAGGCAUUUAGAUGGAUAGAGCCUGGUGAAGAUGCUCAGAGCUGCUGUGUAGUCAGUCUAGGACAGAACUGCUCCUCAGGGGUGUGCUCCAAACAGCCCCCCUGAAUACAGAAUGCAUUUUCAAUCUGCAUUGCUUUCCAUUGUGCUUGACGAGCGACUGCAUCUUUACACUGUGGUAAUGCAAGAGAAUAUUGUGCCUGACUUUGGAGAGUUCGGAGGUUCUAAUUGUUCAGAGGUUCUGCUUUAUCGUGCAUGCUGUAAACAGCAAGACAAUCCACCCUGACAAUCUACAGCCGAUGUGUAGGCUGUGCAGGAGAGACUUUAUCUGGAAUGGAUUGAAAACAGCCAAGGGCAUGGUUAGCAAAGGGAUUCUAGCCAUGCUCUUUUCCAAAUUCUUAAUGAGGGCUGCAUGCCCAAACCCCACCUAAAGAUUCUCUGCGCUGAAUAGUAUAGUUUAAAGGUCUAGUUGGAGCAGAAACCUGGACUGGAAUUCUCCACCAAGUGGAUCAGGCUUGGGCACCUGUUUUGUACCCUUGGGCACGGUGUCAGAUUGUGACAAUUCAAGGAGAGCAUUCAGGUUCACAGUACAGUUACCGAAAACAUUAAUUUGGGUGGUUCUGCGAAUUACUGCAUUUCCUAAGUUGUUAAGCACUUCUAAAAGUGUCUUCCAAAACUGUUUCUGCUAGUUUUACACCCGCUUACUGGAAAGCAGGCAGAAAUGUUUGCGCUGCUUUUUCCCUUUAAAAAGUUUAUUUUUAUUUUUAUAAAAGAUCUGACUUUUCAGCUUCCGCCAGACUGUCGGUAUAGAAUCUGAUUGUUGCAAAGGAGUGAAAGUGCCCCAGGAUAGGAUUUCAGAGAAGUGCGAGUCAGAUGGGGGACUUAAUGUCGAGUUGGAAGAGAAAUGUAUUAAAUUAGAUCUCAGAACUUGCUUCAAGAUAUUAACCGCAACCAUUUUAAACUGUGGGAACCACUUAGUGGUUAAUUCACGAUUGGGAAGUUUUGAUUAAUUUUUAGUUUUUUAUACUUUAGUGUGCAAGGACUCUUCUCAACUUCACUGCCCUCGAUAUUUGAUAUUUUACAAAGCCUCCAGCGGCAUGUGCAAAUCAGCCCAAGAAGCAGAGCUGCAGCACUGCGUGUGAAAGGUUGCAUGUUGAAACGGACCGAUUUCCCACUGCAUCUCUCUCUCUCUCUCUCAUGUGUGGGGCAGGCAGGAAGUGCUCAGGGUUUCUCUUCUCAAUUGAAUAAACAGGGUGCACAGCAGGGGCGCUGCUCUCAUUGUCUGACAAUGGGAGUGAGACCCCGCUCCAUUCACUAAAUCGCAACAAUGUUUGCUUUUGGAGUUUUUUUUUUUUUUUUUUUUUUCUAUUUGAAAAAAAUCAAAAAAAUUGUGUCAAGUUUUGUAAAUAGCCUUGCCGAGUUCCUAGCCACCUUUGCCUGUGGGAUUCAUUUCGGAUUGAUUUCCAGUCAUUGUGCCCCUGCUUGCUUCAGGCACUGCUCUCACUCUACAGCAGGUUCAGGGGGCUGGGAUUGGGGCAGCAAGCUUUAGGAUGCGCUGUAGGUCUGGAGAGACAGUUAUAGAUGGUUGUAGUCAAAAAUAAAUAAACAAGGUGUGUUAGAUUAAAAAAAAAAAGAACAAAAUAUUUACAAAGAAGCUGUUUAGCAAAAUAUCAGAUGCUAUGACAGGACGGCCCACUGCUAAAUGAAAUGCCUCUAUUGCAGCUAUUCAUUUUCACUGCGAUUCACAAAGCCUGGGAAUACAGUGCCGUUUCGUGGUCCGGCAGUGCUGGGAAGGGAACACUUGGAAGACAGAUGCCACGUUGGUGAAAGACAGCAAGAACUUUCGUAAGAAAAAUACAUUCAAAUGCAACAGUAUGAAAUCUGUGCUGAGUUGACUUUGCCUUAAUAAACGUCUCCUUAAUAGCAGAAACCAAAUCCAGUUUUGUACAAAAUGAAAAAACAAACAAACAAACAAUUGUUAAAUAAGGCAGUAUUCUAGCAUGAAAUGCAACUUGCCACUAAAGAAAAGAAAAGAAAACAAAUGAAUGUUUUAAUCACGUUUUCCUUUUGCAGGGAUUUGUAUUAUUAUUAAAAAAAAAAAAAAAUCAAUCUGCUAAAAAGGUCCAAUCUGUGAUUGGGGUAGGACUGUGCACCAGUCUGCGCUGUGGACCAAAGCAGCAGUCAGCUACUACAGUGCAAGAUACCCCGUCCAGCUGUUCCUGUUUCUGUUACUGUGGGGCAAGAGGGUGCGAGCAGGAUCACUGCUGCUUAAGGAUCUUUAUUAUAUCCAGCUGUGAAAUAUUUACUCAAAAAAAUGCAGUUCUGUGUUUCAGUAUUGAAGAAUUUCCGGCCUCCCAGUCCCUCUGCUUUAAAUUGCUUCAGCUCCCUCCCUCCCUCCCUCCCUCCCUUCCUAGUCUGUUAGGACAAACCACUAGUUUCCAGUACCACCAGCUGCAACCACUAGGCCACAUAUCUUCCCAGUCCCUCAGUUAUAACCACUAGGCCUUAGUUUCUCUCCUAGCCCAUCCCCAGCUCUAACCACUAGGCCAGACGGCUUUUCUCCCUCCUAGUUUUAACCACUAGGCCACUUAUCCAGCCCCUCUGUUCUAACCACUAGGGCACACUGCACCCCCUCUCCCAGUUGCUCAUCCCUACCCAUGCUGCCUCCCUUCUCUUGAGAGCUCUAGGCCAGCCUGCCUUCUAUGCGACCUCCAAAGCAGAGCCAAGACUUCCUGUCUUGUUCCAUCUUGGCUGAGGUUGUUUCCUGUGUUGCGCGCAGGAAUGCAGGACAGAGAGCACGGCUGUGCACUGAGAUGCAGCCCCCAGUCUCCAGGCUCCGGUCUGCGGCAGCAGCAGCUGUGUCGGGCACAGGGGAGGGGUUACUGCCCUGGUGCUGCCAGAGCCAAAGAAAACACAUUCAAUAACGUGAAGAGACGCUAAUUGGGGGUGUUUGCUUGGAUGAAACAGUGCAACAGUCUUUACCAGAUUGUUAAACUACAAAUGCAGAUUAAGGAGUAAUGCUAUUAUUUUAUUAUGGGCAGCUGGCCCUUUUUUAAUGGCUACCCAUGCUAGACUAGAGGAACCUGUGGAAACAAUUUCAGCCAAGUUUUUCAUGCUUAAAACUGCCUUUAAAAAGAUUUCCGAUUUGAAAUCGAGGCGGUGUAUGUGCAGGCCUACCAGAGCAGCACUGAGUGACCUGCAUGCCAACAUCUCCACCCUUAGGCAGGGCCACCUUCCCCUGGCAGUCACAGCAUGGCAAACUGGCAGGGCCGUCUCUGCAAGGACAUGGGGUCGGGCAGGCAGAGAGUGACAGCAGUGUUUUCACAAGCUCUCUCUGUUGCUCCUAUGGAGUGGGCAUGGAGCUGGGUUGCCAGUAUACGGACAGUGUGUACUGUAGCUUGGCAUGGGUAACUGGCAGCUACAGCAUGGAGCUUGGGGGAGCGAAUUAGAGCAUUUCUAAGGAUAUAAAAGACAGAUAUUUAAAAGAACAUUUCCUGGGAUGGCUGUUGCUCGAGUAACAAUUAUUAUUUGACUACACAGAGAAGAGACUACGGCAUGCGCAGGCCUGACUCUCUCAAUGCAAAACACAUGCAGAUACGGUCGCAGCACAAGCUGACAUCUUUGUCUGCUGGAUGCAGCUUCUUCUUGAUAGCUUCACUUCACAAGCUAAAUGUGACUGUGGGUGUUGUAAAGUCACGUAAACGAAGUACGCCGUUUCCUUUUUUUGUAUUAUAAAAAAUAAUUAACCAAACUCUGAGAGGUGCUAACUCGAUAGAGGGACCUCAAACUCUCGGCUCCUCUCUCCUCCCCUCACGCUGGCUUCAGCACAGUAACAGAAAUAAAAGCACUGGAAUUUAAGCGGACGGCUAGUGUUUUUUUACAGAAUUACACAUUAAAUAUUUUUUUCAUAACCCAACACAUCCGUAAGGUGGUUGUUUUGUUUUUGU